GACCAGAAUAUCAUAUUCGCAACGAGCUGCAAAAUGCAACAAACCGUCGGAUGUCGCUACGAUAGUUUGGGCGCAUUUCAAUUUCGUUGAUCCCCGGCGAUUCGGUGUACGAGGAAAUAGGUGCAAAAUAAUGGCGGCACCAGCAGCGGCGGUUCAGCGGCGAGUGGCGGCGAUCGUAUCCGCGAGUGUGGCUUGGUAACGAAGCGCGCACACACGCACGCCGGUGAGACGUAAAUAAUAACAGAUAGUAAAAGAAAUAAUAGACGGUGGCGGAAAAAAGUGUAUAUCUGAAAUAGGAUAAAAACAGCAGGAUGGGGGCGUAUUUGUCUGAACCGAUAACAAAAAAAAUGUCGAGCGAUGAGCGGGGAAAAAAUGUGGCGUUCGGCGCGAGUUCUAUGCAGGGUUGGCGGGUUAGCCAGGAGGACGCUCACAAUUGUUGCAUCGAGUUUGACGAGGAUACCUCGUUGUUUGCAGUUUAUGAUGGACACGGUGGUCACGAAGUUGCCACUUACUGCGCUAAAGAAUUGCCCAAUUUCAUUAAAAACACAGAGGCCUACAAAAGUGGCAAUAUCAAGCAAGCUCUAAUUGAUGCCUUUCUUGGAUUCGAUGCUGAGCUAGCUAAGCCUGAGGUUAUUAAAGUGCUCAAAGAAAUUGCUGGUACAAGCAACAAUGAGGACGAUGCUCGCUGGAGUAAGACCAACACCCGAAGCUGCGGAAACAAAAAUAACAUUGAUGAUGAAGAAGAGAAUGUCAGUGAUUUGAGAAUGGAAGCUGCCAUGCCUUUGGAACAAGUCAUGGCGAGGUACUCUCUCUGUCACAAAGAAGGACUAGCCGUUGGCGAAACUACUACCGCCGCUGGUCCGAGCUCUUCCUCCUCGAGUCAUUCAUGGAACACAAGCGACGAACCAAAUGUUAGCAGUACCAGUCAGCCGACAGUUUUGAAGAGAGACAAAGAGAGUAUCGAGCAGCCAUGCACCGCUUCCAAUGGAGAGUCCACCAAUGGCCUUUCUGAUCCAGAUAGCUCGGCUGAUGUUCAGAAUAAGAGUACAGGUUGCAGCAGUAGUGGCGGAGAUGUUGCCCCGGAUGAUGAAAGCAACAAGGUUUCCAGCAGCCUAUCCGAACCAUUAGAGAAUGGUGAUGUUAAAGAAAGCAGUUGCGCCGCAUCCUCGUUCCAGUCUCUUUUAUGCAAAGAAAUUUUUACUCGUCGAAGAGCUGCGCGCAUCGCUUUUGAUAAACGCAAAAAAAUAAAUGAGAAAAAUGAUGGAGGAAGCAAGGAGGGAGUCACAGAAGAGGAUGAGGAAGACGACGACGAUGAUGACGAGGAAGAUGACGAUGAGACGUUCGACGGCUCGCCAGCGGCUAGUGAGGAGGAUGCCACAGAUGAGGUCGAAGAUGAGGAUGACGACAAGGAGCAAGAGGAUACUACUGAUGAGGAUGAAAACGAUAACGAAGAUGAUGAUGAGGAGGAGGAGGACGACGACGGAGACGAUGGAGAUUUCACAAUGGAAAUGACCGAGGAGCCAGGAUCGGAUAGUGGCUGCACCGCUGUUGUGGCUAUUCUAAAUCGACACGAAUUGUACGUUGCCAACGCCGGUGAUUCUCGAUGCGUGUUGUGUCGAGAUGGGCAAGCGCUUGAAUUGAGUCUAGAUCACAAACCGGAGGAUGAACCUGAAAUGGAACGUAUAGUGAAAGCGGGUGGAAAGGUAACAGCCGACGGAAGAGUAAACGGUGGUUUGAAUCUAUCGAGAGCUCUGGGUGACCACGCGUACAAACAAAAUAUCACAUUACCGCCGGAACAACAAAUGAUUUCGGCCCUGCCGGACGUUCGACAUAUCGCCAUCGAUCUGGAAAGAGACGAAUUCAUGAUUCUCGCAUGUGACGGUAUAUGGAAUUUCAUGUCCAGCCAGGAAGUAGUUUCGUUCGUUCGUCCGCGUCUCACUAACAGUGAUAAACCAAAUAUAUCAAAAAUUUGUGAGGAGCUGUUCGACCAUUGCCUCGCGACUGACACCCUGGGCGAUGGAACCGGUUGUGACAAUAUGACGGCGGUAAUAGUUCAAUUCAAUCGUCGAAACGAGUGCAGUCUCGAAUCCUCAAAAAAAAGGGCAGCUUCACCGUCAUCCAACGUAGUUGAGGCGACCAACGGAAAAGAUAAGAUAGCGAGCAAUUUGACGUGUGAAGAAGGCGCGAGCAAGCGUUCCAAAAUUGAUAUCACUGAAUGAGCAUCGCGACGUUAUAAAAAUAACAACAACUAAUAAUAAUAAUAAUAAUAAUAAUAAUAAUAAUAAUAAUAAUAAUAAUAAUCUUGUAAUACGUAUGUAUAUAUUUAUAUCCGCGUAGAUCGUAACAUCACUCGUAAUUCGACACCAUUUAUUAUUUUUAUUGUAAACAGCCGUAAGAGAACACAAACAUGGUUAAACACUCAUUCACACAGACACACACACGGACAUACGCACCACCCCUGAGACAGACACGAUAAUAAUAAAAUUUAUUUUUCAA